AUGAAUUCUCGUCUUAGUGGUGAUGAUCGUUAUAGUUCUACAAGUCAUGGAAAAUUUAGAUUAUUUCAUUUCAAAUCUGAAAUAGCAAAAUUUCUAUUAACAAAACCAAAUAUUCAAAUAUUCCCAACAGCAGCUAUUAGUUCAUCAAUAAAUGUUUAUCAAAGUGAUGAAGAAAAUGAACCACCAACAAAAAAAAACUACGUGAAGCCAGGUCCAGUGUAA